UAGAGACACCACACUCCGCACUCAUGGCCACCUUUCCUGUUCACUGUCACCUUCACAUUCCCCCAAAUCCCUCGGGCUUUCCAUCGAACAUCUCGAACUCGAAAAAUCCAAAAAUGGAGUUCUACCAACUUACACUGACCCUUCUCGUCUGCUUCUUCUCUGGCUCUGCUUCUAAAUCCGAUAUUCCAAUCGGUUACAGAGUCACAGUACCAGUUCCUCUCGAAUUCAACGAGGGUUUCAAAGGAAAAGCUUUUAUUAUGGAGAUUGGCAACAGUGAACCUGAUUUCAGGGCUGCGUUGAGCGUGGAAGCCAUGAAUAAUCUGAAGAGGUAUUCAUGUUCUCUGCAAGUGUUUCUUGGAGGCACUAAGGUGUGGAGUUCCGGCCACUUUUCGCCGUUUUACCCGUCGCAGAGAUGCGUUUUGGAGCUGAGGAAAGAUGGAGAGUUGCUAUUGAUGGGUGCGAGGAGACGAGUUGGGUGGAGAACCAAUACUUCUGGAGAAGGUGUGGAGAGGUUACAGUUACUAAUCACAGGCAAUCUUGUUCUAACUGAUGCAAUGAACAACAUAAAGUGGCAGAGUUUUGACUUCCCCACAGAUGUGAUGCUCUGGAGCCAAGUACUCAAGGCCUCUGCUCGCCUUACUUCUUUCUCAACCAACUCAUCAGAGUUGAACUCUUACUCUUUGGAAGUUCAAAACAACAAGAUAGCUUUAUACUUGAAUUCUGGCACUUGGAAGUAUCCUUACUGGGAAUUCAGGCCUUCGAAAAGCCAAAACAUCGCUUUUGCUGAGUUAGGAUCGACAGGAUUGAAGCUCUUCAAUGUUAGACAUCGAAGAAUUGCUCAAAUUUCACCGACAAGAUAUGAACCGGUGAGAUUCUUAGCACUGAAUAACAAAACAGGAAACUUGGGACUCUAUUAUUAUUCAGUUGAUAAGAGGAAGUUUGAGGCCUCAUAUCAAGCGCUGAAUAGAACAUGUGAUCUUCCUCAAGCAUGUAAACCCUAUAGUAUUUGUAAUACCCCGUCCAACAGCUGUACCUGUAUCGAAAUUUCAGGAUCAAGAGAAGGUCUUAAUCCCAGUCUCGGAUCUGAUUGUAGUGAAGAAUUUCCAAGUGAGUUCUGCAAUGUCAGCACUGGCCCCGUGGAGAUGGUGGAGUUAAAGGGUAUCAGUAGUAAUCUGAUGAGUAACAAUCAAAUUUAUAACAUUAGUAAAGAGUCAUGUUCGAGCUCUUGCUUGGCCAAUUGUUCAUGUGUUGCUGCAUUAUAUUCUGCAGGUGGAUGCUUCCUUUAUGGGCUGGUUAGUGGAAUGAAACAGAUUGACAGGGGAGUUGGGAUGAGUUAUUAUUUGGUUAAAGUUCCCAAGGGAAUUGGUAAGAGUCAUCGGAAGAGUUCUAGACUGAAAAUUUUGCUCUUGGUCAUGGGAGGGAUCCUUGAUGGAUUGGUUCUUCUUGUUCUUGGAGGGUUUGCUUUUUAUUAUUUUGUAAUCAGAAAGAGAAGAAAGGAUUCAUCAGGCAAUGACAGUACUUGAAGUUGAGAUUAUG